GUGCGGUUCCAGCCCCACCCGGGAGUGAUCAUCAGGUUGUACGACUUUCACUUCGGCAUGUUCGGCCUGUCCAUUCUUCAUUUCGCACUCUUUGGAGUUCAGCAACGAAUGACAUGGCUCAACGCAGGAGGCGCAAACAUGCAAAACUUUUCGGCCGCUGUAACAGCUCCCAGACCACCCGUGCCAUCGUCAAUGGGUGACCUGGUGGACGCGGCUAGGAUGCUUUGCCGUUAUGGGCAGGAGUUCUUUGCGCAGCCAGUGCGCGAUGUUCUCGAAGCACUGCUCGAUUUUGCCCAACAGCUCGACGGUUGGCGCACCUGGACGACACCAGACCUCUCUCAUCUCGUGUUUUGGGUGAACUCCGUAUUAGAGCAGUUCCGAUCUCUCGUUCACUCAAGCAACGGAGAUAACCUCAUGCAUGCACUAUCUCGUCGCUCUACUCAGGAUUCGCAGCGUCACAGCUCGCGUGAGCGGCCUCCAAUGACGACUACACAGCGUGAUCGAGGCAACCAACGACAAUCUCGCAUUCCGCCGGCCAUCUUCGACCUAAUUCCGACCCACAAUGGACUUCCUGUCUGUCUUCGCUACCUGUCAGCAAUGGGUUGUCCCUCAGGCUCGUCGAAUCGCUGCGUCUACGGCGCUCGCGCUCACGCGGCCCCAGACACUUUGGACGUUCGAGUAAAAGGUCAUAUUCUCCAGCGGAUGGGCGGCCUCAGCGAGCGGUUCGCGCAUCUU